AUGGCUGCGCCCGAAACAGGUACUAGUUUGUUUGAAAGCUGGCUGAACGUUCGACUAGAAUCGCUUGAGGUAGAUAAAGAUGUGUACGGAGCCUAUAUACUUGGAGUCCUUCAGGAAGAAGAGUCGGAAGACGAAAAGAUCGAUGCAUUGCAGGGCAUACUUUCAGCGUUUCUGGAGGACGGUGCACUGGAAGAUGUGUGCAGAGAAAUAAUCAAACACUGGACAGAAAGCACUCUUUCAACAGAAAAGAUAACCCAAUGUGAUGCAGAAGUGCAGGCUAUUGCCAACAUGAUUGAAAAACAGGCACAGAUCGUCGUGAAGCAGGAGGAGGUGUCAGAGGAUGCGAAGAAGAGGAAGGAGGCCCUCCUCGCUCAGUACGCCAAUGUCAGCGAAGGCGAGGAUGAAAUCGCUGAGGAGGAGGAGGCUGGAGCGGCUUGUGUUGUCGACAGUGAGAAGUCCUUGUUUAAGAACACUAACGUGGAAGAUGUUCUGACUAAGAAAAAGCAGCAGAGGGAGCAGGCUCGUGACUCGGCUCAGAAAAAGAAGGAACAGGACAAGAUGCAGCGAGAGAAGGACAAACUGGCCAAGCAGGACCGGAAGGAGAAGGAGAAAAAACGCACGCAGAAAGGGGAACGAAGAAGAUAAAAGCCUCCACGCUUGGACAUAAGGCUCUGUGUUUUUUUUGAUGGACAAAAAAUGUUUAACAUUUCAACUCUCCGUUAGUUUUUCCACAAUUUCCUAUAUAUAAGGCACCCCUAACUCUCCCCCUGGUUUUCAUUGUUUUCCCAUUUGACAAACUUAAGUACACUAUCGGAUUCUUCUUAAAAAAAAAACAAAAAAAAAAAACCCAGUUUAGCUUGCAAGGCAUGUAGUUCCCUCAGUCUAUGAUAUUGGAACUUAAUGCAGUUGAUCUCAUAAUUGAGGAAGAUGUUGCUUGGUUUUGAAGAAUACCCCAGUAUCUUGCUCCUUUUGCCAUUAUCAGCCAAUUUAAAAUGUUUUUUUUUUUUAAUCCCUAAUGUUUAUUAUUGGAUAUGAUGAGUGAAAUAUGAUCAAAUCAUGCAAAUUGAAUUAGUGCACAGUUUUCUUGCAUUGGCUCAUUUGUUGAAAGCAAAUACUCCGCUGGACAAAUAUACAUAUGCCAAAUGCUUGCUUGCAUACUCUGUCUUUAUCAGAGUAAGUAUGCAUGCCUGUUGCUUGUAUAGAGCACAACUAGCCUAUGUUCUUAUUCAUGACCUUUUACAGUUAUUAUAGUUGACCGUAUGUUUAGCUGAAAGCAAUUUCAUUAUAUGUUGAGAUGUAAAGACAGCUGCAAGUCUUAACAGUUCUUUUACACAUGAACAUCUACCACAAGACAUAUCUUGCAUAAAUUCAGCGCAGCCCAAAGAAAUAUAUACCCUACUUGGAUAGCAUAGGAAAAUCUGUAAAAUUCAUACAAUAGGGAAUUAAGGCUGCAAAUGUAUUUAACUGUUCUCUCUCUCUGUGCUCAUCCGACAAGAAAUCUCUUGCAUACAUGCAGUACAGCCCAAAGACAUAUAUAUCCUACUUGGUUUGCAUAGAAAAUUUUUUAAAAAGCAUCCAAUAGGCCAAUUUGGUUGAAUUAAAUCGUUUACUCAAUUUAUGAGGUCACAUUUAAGAACCAAGCUGCUACACAUAUCCAUUGCAACCAAUUUUUCACACAGCGGGAACGGAACACAUCUGUUCAGUUUUCUACAUUUAUUUCUGUUUUGAUUCACAGGGUUUUGAUAUUGUGCCAAUUUUGUUGAAGCGAGUUUAUUCUUCAUUAUUUCUGAAACUUCAAUAAAGAUGUGUAUGAGUCUGGGGAGGUAAAGUGUCCAAACAUGAAUAUGUUCUCAAUCACAGAAGGACAUCCAUAAUUUGAAAGGGGGGUGGGGGUUGCAGUGUCUGCAUUGAAAGAUGAGUAUCAAGAAAGUGCACUUCAGAACAUGUUACAAAAGUGCUAUUGUGAAAAUGUUAAGUACGGUUUCAAAUAAAGCCUUUUCAAUUUUA